GCGGUUUGUUAGCUUUGGUCGUCCAGCACCUGCGGUCCAGCACAAGGACAGAGGGACUUUGGCGUCCUUUUAGCGACUCUUACUGUUUGAAUUUAGACUUAUUCAUCUGUUUUCCUCUACGCGGAUCUGCAGAUGCCUCCCAGACCUCUGGCCCAGAAACUCCUGAAGGGAGUGAUCGCUCUGGAGCUGCUGGGUGUCUUCGGGGCGUACGGUCUGUUUCACAAGAUGAACAACAGUCAAGAUUUCAGGGACACCAUGAACAGGAGGUUUCCAUCAGUGCUAGAAGUUUACUACCAGUCCAACGAGUGGGCGGGGGUCUACGGCAUCCGGGAGCGAGACCACGAAGCCUGGUCGGCCAAACAGGACUGAAGCUGCCGGUCGGUUAAAAAUCCACAUCAACAGACAGGCGGCAGCAGCUACUUCUUCUUCUUGUUCCUGAACGUCUUCCCUCCGGCCCUCGCUCGGCCGAACGGCUUCUUCUUGUUGAACAUCGUCUUCUUCUUGCGCAGCGUCUUGGCGUCACGUCCUCGGAUCCAGUCGUCGCGCUGAGCCUCCCACUUCAGCUGCUUCAGGCCUGCAGGGACACACAGAGCAGUGAUUCAAACGAUGAGGUCGGUGUUACUGGAUGUUUUUCUUAUUGUCAACAAAUCCCACAAAAAGACCAGGCUCUUAUUCUCAUAUUGUAGUCACUGGUUGUCAUGGUAAUAUUUUAAUCACAUCUCUGUUGGAGAGAUUUUGGGGAAACUACAACAAGAACAACGCAAGGAGCGAAGCCUCCAACAGAUUUCUAACAAACUAUCUCAAACAUUUUAAGUCUGACUGAAGGUAAAGCAAGGUGAAGCAAAGUUUAAGUUCACACUCAAGAGGUCAAAGCAAAUGUAAGAGCCAUAACUCUUUAAGUCCUGAUUCAGGAUUUAUAAGCUCUGUAUAAUAUUUAAUAAAUGGUUUGUAACACUACAAUGCAGAUGUAAGUAUUUGUUGUUUGUAUUUUAUAUUACUCCAGCUGUGUUUUACUAUAUAAAUGCAUUAAUGUGCUGCUUACAACUACAUUACAGUCUGUUACAAACCAUUUAUGAAAUGUUUAUAUGCUGCUAAAUCUGGGGACAAGUGUUGCUUAAUGAAUUAAUAGACAAAGAGCAAUUUUCAUACACUGUGAUGAUAAAGAGAGACUCCAGGGGGCGACUGUGUGUCUUAACUCAAAGUAUUUGAGAUGAUUUAUCUUUUAAAGGUCCAGUGGAGGAUUUAAGGGGGUCUAUUGACAGAAAUCUGGGAAUCUAAUAUCUCCUAAGUAUGUUUUCAUGUAUUUUAUGGUUUGUGGCUGCAGCGCUCUCACUAGCUGUUGUCUAAUCCGUCACUAAGGAAAGAUGGUAUCGUAUUCAGUUUGUUGCAAUCUGCAACCUCACCACUAGAUGUCACUAAAUCCGACACACUGGACCUUGAACUGCAGUUUUUUUUUCUAUUUAAGCUGUAUGAGACUUGUCCUUCAUGUUUCCCAAAUCUUUACAACAGAGCUGCAGAGUAAAACUGUUGUUGUGACCAAUAAUCACACAGAAAUAUGAGAAACGGCUCUAAUAAUAAUAAAUAAACCCAUAAAGACUUGAGGCUCUUCAGCUGAAGAAGUGGAGAUAAUCUAUAAAAAAGAGUCUGUUUGCAGCUGACUGUUGUUGAUUUUCUCUCUGUGGAGAAGUUAUUAAACCUGGCUGGUAUCCAGCAAACUGAAUAAAAAACCGUCCUGUUGA